UUCUCUUCUCUUUUUCAAUAUAUACAUGUAAGAGAAUGCCCAUGCCCACCAUCUUAAUGCCCAUAAUGGCACAGGGCAAAGUGUGCACUAUUCACAUACGGGCAUAAAACUUGCACUUAGGUUAUAGCAUAGCUUGUGUAUAAUGGAAAACACAACAUUUCAGCAGGUGAAAAUAAACAUGGUCACUUGCACAGCAUUUUGCCCACAAUUAUAAAUGAUUUGUUGUUUAAUAUUUUUUCUGUAAUUUUCUUCACUUCACCUUUACAGAACUUUUCUUAUACUGAACCUACAUUUGUGAAGAUACAUGAAAUUACUGAUGUGCUGGAGCCUCCGGUGGAGUUCAUUGCCACUGUAGAGAUGCCCGACCACCCGGUGCCAUUAAUGGAUUCUCCUGAAGUGAUUGAGCCUCCGAAAAGUGAGGUUGGAAUGUCCCACACUGUUGGACAAAUGAUCCCAGCACAGGAGGAGGGUGGAUUUGAGCCAGAAGAGGACACGGUAGAUAACUUUACUGCCACCUCUUCUAGUGUCCCAUCAAUUGUAAGUACAUUCCAUGUAUUCUUUAGAAAUUAUGUGCAUAUCAUGUUCUUGUAAUAUUCAGUCUUCAUAUGAUAUAUAAUUACUUUUGUUCCUUUGCAGUGUGAAGUGGUUGACAAUGGCUCAGAGUCAGACGCCGAGUUAUUAGGAGCAGACGGACCCUCUGACAGGUAUUGCUUUAUACCAUAAUCUCUGGUAUUAGUAUUCUGCUAUCAUUCUUCUUGCCAUUGUUAUUAUGACGGUGUUUUUUCUUUUCAGCUCCAUACCCAGAUCUGUCAUGUCUCUGGAAAACUUCAAUCUGGGAAAAGUAUUGGGUGAAGGCACCUUUGGAAAGGUGUUCCUGGCAGAGUACAAGGACACAAAACAACUGUGUGCCAUAAAGACCCUCAAGAAAGAGAGGAUUAUUGCCAAGAGGUCAGUUAAAUGGGCAUCAUUACUAUUUCUCUGCAAUCUCCUAAUAUCUUUAAUUUAGUCAUAUAUUUAUAUUUAUAAUGAUUUGCUUUUGCUGUCUCUGCACAGAAAAAUGGCAAAGUGUUGUCAGUAUGAUAAAAGUUUAUUGCUACUUUAAACAAAAAGUGAUUAAUGAUCUUUUAAUGAUAUUUUAGUGUUCCCCAUGCAGGCCGCAUGUAGUGACAGUUUUAUAUUCUCUCCCCCCAGUGUUUUCAAGGAGAAGCGAAUCCUUCAGAAGGUUACCAGCGCAGAGCACCCAUUCCUGGUUUCCUUAUACGCCACAUUCCAGAGUGAGAAUCACCUCUUUUUUGUAAUGAAGUAUCUUCCUGGAGGUGAUCUGUGCCAUCUGCUCGAGCAUCAAGGAGCAUUUGAGGAAUCAAAAGCCAUGUUUUACACUGCCUGUAUAGUGCUCGGCCUGGAGGAAUUGCACCGGAACAAUAUUGUUCAUAGAGAUCUGAAACUGGAAAAUCUAAUGGUGGAUGUACAUGGCUAUCUGAAAAUCGUGGAUUUCGGCCUGAGCAAAGAUGGUUUCAGAUAUGGAGAUCGCAGUAAGACCCGGUGCGGAACAAACUGCUACAUGGCCCCAGAGAUCAUUGAUGAGAUGGCAUACAGCAGGGCCGUUGACUGGUGGGCCCUUGGGGUUGUGUUAUAUGUCAUGAUCAUGUUCCAGUUCCCAUUUGAUGCAGAAGAUGACAUGGAAUUAUUUGAGAGCAUCAGGAAUGACAAACCUGCCCUGACAGAGGAAUUGUCAGAGGAAGCUCAGUGCCUAAUACUAAGAUUACUGGAGAAGAAUCCAUGUCAUCGCCUCGGAUCCAGCGAGGCCGGUGCUGAAGAGGUUAAAGCCCAUGAAUUCUUUGAAGAUAUUGAUUGGGAAGAAUUUCUUGAAAGAGAACAGAUGCCUCCAUUUAAACCAGAUGUCAGUGGCCUUACAGAGAGUACCAGGCAAUCUGAAUGCCAAGCCUGGGGAUUAAUGCCACCAGCUGAAGCGAUAUCACCAGAGGCACAAGAGCUAUUUGAAGGAUUUGACUAUUCAGCUGAGUGAGAGGCAAUUGCAAGGGGCAGAUAUAUGGCUGGAAAGGGCGGGUGGUGGGCCAGUCCAUAUACAAAUCAGAAGCCUCAAUGACUUGAAGUUAAUAUCAGAUGCCCCAAGUCAUCAGUUUCUGAAGGAACAGUCUAAUGGCAGUGCCAAAGUAUCUGUACGUCAGCCUUAAGGGGCAGAGUUCUGGACUGAGAGUCAAAAGAGACCCUGGCAUUUCAAGUACAGAGAUCCGAACAGCCCCUUGUGGCAUUUGCCAGAAUCUACCGAUUGCCACUCUGGGCCUGCCCCAGAUACACAUGAGACGCCUCAUUGGUACAAAAUGGAUAUCAGAUCCCCCGACAUCAAGUUGUGGAGGAACAGCCUAAUGGUGGAACAACAGUACCUGCAGGUGAGCCCACGUUCUUACAGAUAAACCCUUUAUAAGUUCAGUUACUAAAAGCCAUUAGUAAAUGUUAUGUACGUGUUAAA